GCCGCACGGCCAGGAUCUUCGAUUCGUGCCUAUGCGGGCAACUAGGACACGAUGUCUAUGUCAUCCGACGCUGCGACGUGGACAGCGUGUCACCGACGCUCGGGCUGGCACGGAUACGGAGAUGGACGGAGAUCAUCGUGUGUAUAUAGAUAGACAACAUAGGGUCACCGACGCUCGGGCUGGCACGGAUACGGAGAUGGACGGAGAUCAUCGUGUGUAUAUAGAUAGACAACAUAGGGUCACCGACGCUCGGGCUGGCACGGAUACGGAGAUGGACGGAGAUCAUCGUGUGUAUAUAGAUAGACAACAUAGGGAAACUUGGUCGGCCACAUCUCCUUUCUCCCUCUCGCCUUUCUCUCCUCUCGUACAAAACUACAAAUAAUCGCGUGCGAUCUUCCGAUUUGCUCGCAAAAAGCAUCGGAUCUUCGAUUGAUGUCGCCAAAGUGAAUCGCUUUUUGAAAACUUCCCUCCAAGCUUAUCGACGAGACGGAUUCCCUUCUUCGCAUUCGACUUGCUGUUCCUCGUUGCUCAUUUUCCUGUUCGAAGUCCGUGCCGAUUCUCAAGGCAUCAGGAAGACGACAUGAGUAGUCUUCAACUGGUCGAAUCUUAGUCCGAUUUACUCUUCGUGCCGUUCUCUGUUGACCGUCUGUCGAAGAGACGUCAGAGGUGACGAAAACCGCUAGCAAGAGGCGUCACAGGAUUUCACUCCUUUAUAAAAAAAAUCAAAGUUUUCGCCUUUACCCCAGCCCGUGCCCGCCCGUCGAUUUCCUCGAGGGACCUAAUCCAUGAGGUGAUCGCUGCCGCCCCCGCGAGCACACGAUCAUCAGCUUCUGUCCAAAAAUUCUUUAUGAUCGCCACGUGUUUGUUUUGUUAUCAGUCAAGAAAAAGCAUUUACUUUGAAGUUUUUCCUCGACGUUUUUAAUCAUCAGCGCAUGCGAAUUUGUAUUUGGCAUCUCUUACUAUUAUUCCUUUGUACAUUUCCUUCAGACUCAGUUGCUGCUGGGAAAGGUAGAGCUUCUUCCUACUUGGUAGUGUUUCUUAGUAUCCAUGACAAGGACUGGGUAGUCUUUCUUUAUGCUGGGAUGAGCAUUAUAUUUACUCCCUUGGCUGGUAGCCGCUUGCUAUAGUUGCAGCAUUCAUUUGCUGUCAGUGUUUCUAGAUGCUUCUUUUGAGUUAUUUAAAUGAUUCCGAUUUCACAAGACCCUCAUUUGUACUCCGUAGAAACUCCCUGUAAGUGAGGGAGUUGAUUCAAGGAGCAACAAGAGCAGCACGUACUAUGGAUGCUCUCGCAGGAUCGGCCUUAGAUGCUUGGAUGAAUUUCUGUGGAGAUUCCUCCUGUGUCGAUCAAGGGACUUUUGGUUCUUGUGGUUUUAGCCAACUAUUUUACUCUUCUACAUGCACCAACCAUAUCCUUGUCAGCUCCAUAAAUGUGGUCCUAAUUAUUGCAUUCUUGCUCAAAUUUGUUUGCAAGCUGUCAAGCAGAUCUGUCAGUGUUCAUCUGUAUUUUAGUUUGCCUUCAUUAUUACGAAACAUCUCUGCUGUGUUCAGUUCUUUGUUGGGAAUGGUCUAUUUAUUACUUGGAUUGUGGAUGCUGGCCUCUAAUCUGAGGAUAGGCACGGGCAUCCAUCCUCCACAUCAGUGGUUUGUCUUGUUAGCUCGAGGCUUUUGUUUGGUACUCAUUACUCUUACCCUCAGCAUCAGGCACAUACAAGUUGGCUUUACAUUCAUUAGGAUCUGGUUAGUGGGUGCAGCCUGCUCUAUUGGAUUUGUGUGCUUUUCUUCUAUUUUAGAGGUCCUGGUAGAUAACGAGGUGUCUUUUUUAGGUUACGUUGAUCUUUCAUCCUUGGUAGCAACUGUUCUGCUUCUGUUUUGUGUGUUCAAGGGGUCCAAUCAGCCAGACAGUUACACAUCAUUUAACGGAACUCUUUAUGAGCCCUUGAAAAAUGAAACAAACGCAAAUGUAGAAAAUUCAACUGCAGAAGUGACUCCCUUUGCAUAUGCUGGGUUCUUUAGUAAAAUGUCAUUCUGGUGGUUGAACCCCUUGAUGAAGAAGGGUUACCAGAAACCUCUUGAAGAAAAUGAUAUUCCUAAGCUUGGACAGGUCGAUCAAGCUGGCUAUUGUUAUUCAUUAUUCUUGGAGAAGCUAAAUAGUCAAAAAGAUAGAUAUGGUACAGUUUCACCUUCAAUUUUAUGGACUAUAGUUUCUUGCUAUAGGAAGGAAAUCAUAUUAUCUGGGCUUUUUGCAUUGCUUAAGAUCUUGACACUAUCUUCUGGUCCAGUGCUCCUAAAUGCCUUCAUAAAGGUGUCAUUAGGAAAUAAGGCUUUUAAGCAUGAAGAUUAUGUUCUAGCCUUUGGAUUGUUCUGUGCAAAAUGCUUAGAGUCAUUGUCUCAAAGACAGUGGUACUUUCGCACUAGAAGGUUAGGACUACAAGUGCGAUCUUUACUAUCAGCAGCUAUUUACCAGAAGCAACUGAAGCUCUCAAAUGCAGCAAAGUUAGUUCAUUCUUCAGGGGAGAUAAUGAACUAUGUUACCGUGGAUGCCUACAGGAUAGGUGAAUUUCCAUAUUGGUUUCAUCAAACAUGGACUACAACAUUCCAACUUUUCAUUGCUUUAAUGAUUCUCUAUAAUUCUGUGGGUCUUGCAACAAUUUCAGCAAUGAUUGUGAUAGUCCUUACUGUUGCUUGUAAUGCACCCUUGGCAAAACUGCAGCACAAGUUUCAGACAAAGCUAAUGGAAUCUCAGGAUAUCAGGCUCAAGGCUGUAUCAGAGGCCUUGGUGAAUGUGAAGGUGCUGAAGCUGUAUGCUUGGGAAACCCAUUUCAAGAAAAUAAUUGAAGGUUUGAGAGAAACUGAAUUGAAGUGGCUGUCAGCAUUUCAAUUUCGCAGAGCAUACAAUAGCUUCCUGUUUUGGUCAUCCCCUGUUCUAGUGUCAGCUGCUACUUUCUCUACAUGCUAUUUCCUUCACAUUCCUCUCAAUCCUAGCAAUGUUUUCACCUUCGUAGCAACAUUGCGUCUAGUCCAAGACCCAGUGAGACUAAUACCAGAAGUCAUUGGUACUGUAAUUCAAGCAAAUGUUGCCUUUGCACGGAUAGUCAACUUUUUGCAUGCACCUGAGAUAAAUAUCAAACAUAUUAGAAAACAUACUCACUUGAAUGUCGACUGCCCAGUUGUGAUUCAGGGUGGCAGCUUUUCUUGGGAAGAGAGCACAUUGAAGCCAACACUGAGAAAUUUAAACCUGGUUGUUAAAGCUAAAGAGAAAGUAGCAAUCUGUGGUGAAGUUGGUUCGGGAAAAUCAAGUCUCUUAGCUGCUAUCUUGGGAGAGAUUCCUAAGACAGAAGGAAAGAUACAAGUUUCUGGAAAAGUUGCCUAUGUUGCUCAAACUGCAUGGAUACAAACAGGGAGUAUACAAGAUAACAUUCUGUUUGGCUUAAACAUGGAUAAGCAAAGAUAUCAGGAGACACUAGAAAAGUGUUCUUUGAUGAAGGAUAUCAAUAUGUUACCAUUAGGCGAUCUUACUGAAAUAGGAGAAAGAGGAGUAAAUCUCAGUGGUGGCCAGAAACAACGCAUUCAACUUGCUCGUGCACUUUAUCAAGAUGCUGACAUAUAUCUGCUGGAUGAUCCUUUUAGUGCUGUUGAUGCUCAUACUGCUAGUAGCCUAUUUAAUGAAUACGUUAUGGUUGGUCUAGCAGAGAAGACAGUCAUUUUAGUGACUCAUCAAGUUGAUUUCCUUCUGGUUUUUGAUUCAAUUAUGUUAAUGUCAGAUGGUGAAGUUCUUAGUUCUGCAUCUUACGAUGAGCUACUGACUUCUUGCAAAGAAUUUGAAGACCUUGUUAUUGCACACAGAGACACAAUUGGCCCUAGAAAGCUUGAGAGAGUUGUGUUCCAGACACAAAGCAAGACAUCUGUGAGAGAGAUUAACAGUUCACAUAAUGAAAAGAAAAAUGAAAUGGAAAAACCUUCUGAAGUACAUCAACUAAUAAAGAGAGAAGAGAAAGAAAGAGGUGACACUGGUCUGAAGCCUUACAUACAGUAUCUCAACCAGAACAAGGGAUACCUGUAUGUCUCACUAGCAGGUCUUUGCCACUUGAUAUUUAUAGUUGGACAGGUUUCACAGAAUUCAUGGAUGGCUGCUAGUGUUCAGAACUCUCAGAUCAGCACGUUGCAUUUGAUUACUGUGUACUUGGCAAUUGGGUUUGGUACUGUUGUCUUCUUGCUCGGCAGAUCUGUGUUUGUGGUGACUCUUGGUCUCCAGUCUUCAAGGUCUUUGUUCUUGCUGUUAUUAAACUCUCUUUUCCGUGCACCCAUGUCUUUUUUUGAUUCCACCCCGCUCGGAAGGAUACUAAGCCGGGUCUCCUCUGACUUAAGUAUUGUUGACCUUGAUGUUCCGUUUGCCUUUUUCUUUAGCAUGAGUGCUACAAUGAAUUGUUUCAGCAAUCUUGGGGUUCUUGCUGCUGUUACAUGGCCAGUUCUUUUUAUCUCCCUACCAAUGAUCUACCUUACAAUUCGGUUGCAGAGAUACUACUUAGCUUCUGCAAAGGAGUUGAUGCGCAUAAAUGGCACUACAAAAUCUCUUGUGGCAAAUCAUCUCUCUGAGUCCUUAACUGGAUCCACAACAAUCAGGGCUUUUGGUGAGGAAGAUCGGUUCUUUUCCAAAAGCUUGGAACUUAUCGACAAAAAUGCUAGUCCUUUCUUCCAUAAUUUUGCAGCAAGUGAGUGGUUAAUUCAACGUUUAGAAACAAUGAGUGCUGUUGUUGUUUCUUCAUCAGCACUCAUCAUGGCUUUGCUUCCUCCAGGAACUUUUAGCCCUGGAUUUAUUGGAAUGGCUCUGUCUUAUGGCCUCUCUUUGAAUGUUUCACUGGUUUUCUCUAUUCAAAAUCAGUGCAUUCUUGCAAAUAAUAUCAUCUCUGUAGAAAGGCUGGAUCAAUACAUGCAUAUAACUAGUGAGGCCCCUGAAACUGUUGAAGAUAAUAAGCCACCAGCUGAUUGGCCUGUUAUUGGUAGAGUGGAAAUUUACGAUUUGAAGAUAAGGUACAGGAAGGAGGCACCACUUGUAUUAUGUGGAAUUAGUUGUACAUUUGAAGGGGGAAAGAAGAUAGGGAUUGUUGGAAGGACUGGAAGUGGGAAGACAACUCUCAUAGGUGCAUUGUUUCGUCUGGUUGAGCCUGAAGGAGGAAAAAUCACCAUUGACGAUAUUGAUAUUACCACAAUUGGGUUGCAUGAUCUGAGGUCUUGCCUUGGAAUCAUCCCUCAGGAUCCAACCCUUUUUCAUGGUUCUGUCCGUUAUAAUUUGGAUCCUUUAGGACAAUACACAGAUCAACAUAUCUGGGAGGUCCUCGACAAAUGCCAGCUACGAGAAGUUGUUCAAGAGAAAGAAGGCGGCUUGGAUUCACUAGUUGUUGAAGAUGGAUUGAACUGGAGCAUGGGGCAAAGACAAUUAUUUUGCUUGGGACGUGCACUUUUGAGGAGAAGUCGGAUUCUAGUGCUUGAUGAAGCAACAGCGUCAAUCGACAAUGCAACCGAUGCCAUUCUCCAAAAGACCAUAAGGACUGAGUUUGCAGAUUGCACAGUUAUAACAGUUGCUCAUCGGAUCCCGACUGUCAUGGACUGCGACAUGGUACUUGCUAUUAGUGAUGGAAAUUUGGUAGAGUUUGAUGAGCCAAUGAAGUUGAUGAAGACCGAGGCAUCUUUGUUCGGGAAGCUUGUCAAGGAGUAUUGGACGCAAGCCUCGGAUGCAAGUAUCUAGCCGCCGGAUUAUACCACUGAAUCUGUUCAUACCACAACUUUGUUUGCCAUGCUGGCUCAGUUCGACAGGGCAUAUCAAGGGAGAUGAAGAUGGAAAUCAAACAAUUGCUUUUGCUUGCGAUCAGUUUACCAAUCUACUUGGAGUUCCAAAACGUACGCUUCAUAAAAUCCAUAUUAUUGCGUGUUCAAUCUUAUGUGGCAAUUUAGUACCAAUUCGGUUAAUGCCCGUGGUGUAUGCUCUUUGGUGUGCAAAUACUCUUUGUCACAAGGGUAAAAUUCCUAAGCUUUGUGAUUUUCGAGUUACAAAAAGUGUUUCUUGUAAUGUAAGAUAAAAUUAUGUAUAAUAGAUUUGAUUCGAACUUAUUAUUAAUGGUGUAUUGAAGUGU